GCAUGGCGCCGGCCAACAAAGGGCAGAAGGCGGAGAGCGUGAACUUCGUCACCAAGGCGAGCCCGACCUGCGAAGGCGCGCUUCGCUUUGAGUCGGCCAGCCAACGAGGGCAAUACCUGGCCUUUUUUCCCCCAUGCCAUUUGAGAGUCGUGCCUUUCUUGGAGGAUGCUGAGGAACGGGUCUUGGACUUUCUCUUCGUCGACUUCGAAAGCAUGUUCAAGUUCAUCACUUUGGAGGAGGUCCUGGAACCGAUCUUCAGUGAAUCCCCUGGGGCCUGGAUUGAUUUAGCGAAGCUUCGAGACGAUGAGGCGGUGAAGAGCCACUUCAAGGAGGUCAUGGGCAAAGAGGUCUGGGAUGUCGAAGAUUUCCAGGUUGAGAUGGGAGCAGUUGGCAUGCAGCGAAUUGGUGAAACUUCCAAGAUCUUCCAAGUGGUAAAGCCCUUGACCAUCUCCUGGGAGAGGAUCCCAAGUGACAUCGAGUGA